AUGAACAGGCAAGUUAUUACAGAAUUAGUGGACAUUGUUUUAUACUUAGCACAUCAUAACCUUGCUUUUAGAGGGCAUACAGAUAUAGGGAUCCCUAAUAUUCAAAACGGUAAUUUCAAGGAUCUAGUAAUUUUAAUGGCAAAAAACUCUAUACCGUUAUCAGAACACUUACACAAAAUUGAAAGUUCUGGAAAAAAAGAAUACUCUUUUUCUCAUAUGUUCAGUAUAUCUGUAGAUUCAACAUUUGAUGCAUCGAGGAAAGAACAAGUGUCUUUUGUGGUUCGCUACGUUGAUGAGUCGUUAGGAGAUGUAUUUGAAAGAGUUGUUGCAGUAAAAGAAUCUCCUGCUACAAGUGGACAAGAUCUAUAA